GGACCUGCCGAGAGGGCGAGACUGAGUCACGAAUCGGCCCGGGCACGGGGGAGCUCAGACGCCAACGCCAACGCCGACGCCUACGGCGACGGCGACGGCGACGGAGGGGCGCGUGAGGCGGCGGUCGCGACGGCGACGAGUGGGCCGGUGCUGUUGUCGCGCACCGGCAGACGCAACAAAGCCGGCUUCCUCAGCUCCCGCAAGCAGCACUUUUCGCAAGGAGACGAGACACGCCCGCACCUCUCUCGCUCCGCCCUCCCGCAGGACCUGGGCUCGGUCGACCCGACGCCGACGGAGACGGCGACGCCGGGCACGGGCCAGGCGCGCAAGGCCUGGACAGACGACUCGGACUCAGCGGCAGCGGCGCAGGACUCGAGUCAGCCGGUCUACGCGAUCCCCAGUCGCCCGGCCCUCCGGCGUCAGACGAGCCCACCGUCCGCCGGCGAGCCGCCACAGGCUCGAGUCCCGCAGCCCGGCCUCCUCCUCGACCCGGCCAGCCUCGCGGACGCGCGGUUCCCCUCCAAUCCGCGACACGCCCAGCUCCUUCUCAUGCGCGGCUCUCGGUCCGUCGACUCUGAGGCCGGACAGUCGGCCGCCCUCCGGCAGUACCAGGCUCACCUGAACAGGCUUGUCGAGCUGGAGCGUCUGCAGCAGCGACACAAUUUGCUGCUUCAGGCUCAACCGAGGCAACCGCCUCAUCAGCUCCUCCACUUUUCACACGCCCAAAAGCAGCCUCCGGUCUCGGCCCAACUUCAGGGCCGAUUUUAUCCACAGUCCAUGCCCGCCUCUUCUCUCUGGCCGCUCCAGCCGUUGUCAGCCGGCCUUGCUCCUCUUCCAUUCGAAGUGGAGAAAACAUACGAGGCGGAAAGGGUCACUCCGAAGAGGCAGUUCUCCCUCGAUCGGAGCAUACCGCCCAGAGCUAAUGCCAUCAAAGUGGCGGACAUGAGUGUAAGUAGACUUGCCUUUAGUUAA